AUGGUUUUGGUGAGGCGCCGUGAUGCUGCUACUCUCACGAACAUUAUUCUCAAAAUCAUCCGACCAGGAACAACAAUAAUGUCCGAUUCAUGGAGAGCAUGCUCGCAGCUGUCUAAAUUGCCUGUAGGAUAUCGACACAUCACCGUAAAUCACUUGGAUAAUUUUGUCGAUCCUCGAACUGGCGCCCACACCCAAAACAUCUUAAAGUGUUAA